AAAUAGAUUAGAGACUACAGACAGAGAGAAAGAGAGAAGAUAGCCAUGGCAAUGAAGUCAGUUUCUACCUUGGCCGUUUUUGUCAUCCUCUUUUUGGUUAUCUUUGAAAUGCCAGAGAUAAAAGCGCAAGAUAGCAAGUGUCUGAAAGAAUAUGGCGGUAAUGUCGGUUUCAGUUAUUGUGCGCCUCGGAUAUUUCCUUCGUUCUGCUAUCGAAACUGCCGUAAGAAUAAGGGUGCGAAGGGAGGUAGAUGCCGUUCGGGAGGGGCAGGAGCUGGUGGUAUGAUAUGUUUAUGCGACUACUGCAGCGACAAACCUUAAAUCAGAUCGUUAAACGCUUUGACUUCAAACGCAGAAGCAAACGCAGGAACAGUUGCUAUGUGUUUGAAUCUUGUAUGUGUCAUAGUUUGUGACUUUGUGUAAUAAUAAAGGUGGAUGGUCCACCAAGUAAUAAUCUUGUAUUUGCCCU